AUGACUUGUCAGAGACUCCAGGACGAGACUGCAAGGCUAGAUGAACUCAAAACAGAGCUACACUGCACAGAUGAAUUGGUGUCACAGUGGCUCUCUGAUGUGAAGGAAUGGGCAGCUGAUGAGACACCAGAUACAUCUCAUGCCAGUCAAGGCACCACACACAGAGGACUUCAGCAGUCAAUUGAGGGGCUUUACCUUAGUGUGAGGCAGCGGAAGCAAACCCUCUACCGCCAGAAUGACAGCAGCAAGUUUCGCCAUCGCCUUCGAAGGAAGCUGGCAGAAGGCAAAAAGCUCCUCCUUCAGGAGAUUCAGAAAUACAAUGGUCUUGUACAAGACUCUGCCACAAACAUAGAUGUAGCUACUGUGGAGCAUUCCCUUAAUGGAGAGAGCAAUGUGUCUCAAAUAUGGCCAUGGGAGGUUCAUGGCAGUGCCAACAUUUCAAUCAAGAAGCAAUUGCAUGACCAAGUGAUGUUGGAGAUGCGACUGCAAGAGGAAAAAAGCAUUUUGGUUUUGGAGAUGGCACAACACUGCACAUGGUUGCAGAGCCUGGCAGUGGUUCUCAAGAACAAGAUGACUGAGGAGGAUGUAGACAAGGGAAAUGAGGGACUUUGCUGUCUCUUAAGAAGACGACUGUCAGAGGUGUCAGAACGGUUGCAAGUUGUCCUCCAACAGUACAAGACUGCUUUAGGUCCUGAGGCCUCUGUCCUUCUACAUGUUGAAGCAGAAGAUCCAAUUGGCUUCAGUAGUCCAGACACCAGUGAGGAUGAAGAGGAAAACACAGUUUAGAUGGAAGAUACACAAAGGACUGUGUUGAAGGAAAUGGACUCACCCUAUAUCUGUAUCUUAUUAGUAUGCUGAUUGAUUGAUUAAACACAUUAAAAUAUGUAUGCAUCCUAUAUUGUUGAAAAGUCUACCUUUGUUGACAAUUUAUCUGUCACUGUCUUUUUUUUGUCCUUACAAGCACAUUGUACAUUGGUACAGCAGAUUUAGCUAAUACAUUAAGUACUUGUAUAAUGCAUUAGAUUGUAUGUAACAGAAAAAUACACUGUUUUGUAUGCUAUGAUUAUACUUUAUAUUGUAUAUUACUUGUUUCCCUGUUGGUGCUUUUCAAGUUACCUUAACCUCGGUCCAGUGUCAUUAAAUACAACCUUAUGACGUGUGACAAAUAUGCAUUUGGUGUAUUUUCAAUAAAUUAUUUCCAAAGAUGA